AGGCAGCAAAGUGGUGUUUCUCUAUCGAGCAGGGCCGCGACUGGGCCGAGACGGAGGGCGCGAAGCUGCGCUCUAUGCUGAGGCACAUGUACGACCCAGUCCGCCGCGAGGCCAGUGGCCGCACACCGCCAGCGCGGCUUGCGAAGUUGCGAAUGAUACAAGGCAGCGAAGACAAAGACAAAGGCGGCAAAGACAGAGGCAGCAGCAAAGGCAGCAUCAAAGACAAAGACGGCGGCGGCAAGGACAAAGGCAGCGAAAGCGGCAGCGACGACAAGGGCAGCAAAGACAAAGGCAGCGAAGGCAACAAAGACAAGGGCAGCAUCAAAGAAAAAGACGGCGGCAAAGACAAAGGCAGCGAAGGCAGCAAAGACAAAGGCGGCAAAGACAAAGGCAGGGAAGGCAGCAAAGACAAGGGCAGCAAAAGGCAGCGCGAGGACUCCGAUGGUGAAAUUGUGGAGCUAGUCGAGCUGACUGUCAUGGAGUGGAGGUCCCGUGGCAGCGUAGGCAGGGCGGCGUCGAGCGCCACCACGUACCAGCGCGUCACGCUCUUCGAGGGCAAUAGGGGCGAGGACGCCGUCGUCGUCGACGAACGGAAGCUGAGCGGCGCAAACAAUGGCAACAGGAUCGGGGUGGCGCUCAACAUCAACGGCCAGCAGAAGGUGUCGGUGAGCUACGCCGCCGUCGCAUCGAUCAAGCAGGAGAAGCUGCAGGACUGGUUCAUAGGGAUCGCGAAGCGCUUCGUAGCUGGCAGCAUCGGCGACGUCGACGAGCUGCGGACGGAGAGGAAAGCGUUCGUGGCCGCAGCCGCCGCAGGAGGAAAGGGCGAGAGCGCUGACAUGAAGAGAAGGCCCGCUGCGGCGAAGGAGAGCAGCGGCGCUGCCAACAAGAGGCCCGCUGCGGCGAACGGGGGCGCUGGCGCGGCCGCGAAGAAGCCCGCCGCGGCGGGAGCGGCUGAAGACGGCGAGGACGACGCCGACAAGGUGCCGCCGCCCCAGAUGGGGUCGUUGUAUAGCAAGGCACUGGCGGUCGAGAUGCGGAUGCCGCUGGCGCAAGCCCGCGACGAGACUCUGGCGGAAGAGAUGCAAGCGGAAGAGGCGGCCGCGGCCGCGCGCGAGAAGAUGUCGGCUGGCGCGGCGCUGGGUUCGGCUGGGCUCGCGGCCGUGGACCUCGCCGAGUCGCCUGGCGAAGUGACGGCGGCGACCAGCUGCCGUAGCGAGAUGGCGGGAUUCGCGGCGCUCGCAGAGUACCGCGCAACGAAGAAGAAGGCCUGGGAGGCCCAGCAGAUCAGCGAUGACCAGGCGAUGGCGGAAGCAAUGAACGCUGCAGAGGAAGCUGCUGGUGCUGGCCGCGACGGCAACGAUUCCUCGGACGAGAUGCCGCUCGUGACGGCCGCCGACGCCAGUCGUCAUGGGGUCUGGCGCACGCCAUUGCCAGGCCCUGGAUCGCAAGUGGAACUGGUCGACCUCGAAGAUAGCGACGAGGAGAUGAUGCCCGUGAUGCCGCCCACGGGCGCUGGCCCUGCGGGCUCGCGGAGCCACCGCGAGCCUUCGGCGGCCGCGGGCUCGGCAGCCCCUGACUCGGCCCCCGUGGCCGUGGCAGCCCCCGCCUCGGGGCCGCUGGCGUCGCUGCCCACGACGCCGCUGCAGAUGCCGCCUGGAGCGCGCCGUUCUGCGAGUAUCACCCCGACGAAGACGGCGGUGGCGGCGCGGACGGAGGCAUUCUGCGCCUUGAAGAAGGCGGUCGCAUCGCGGCCGACUGGGCACGGCACGCCCACGAUGCCAGGUUUCAUCGCCACGCGCGCUGGCGAUGGCGAUGCGGCGGGAGGCGACUCUGCGAAAGGGAAGAGGUUCUCGAAGGGGGACGCGCAGCUCAAGGACGUCGUGGAGAAUGGCCGUGGCUUCAAGGCGCGCAGCCCCCUUGGAUGGCAGUUCAAGAACCAGAUCGACACGGGCGCCAUCGUGGCCCAGCAGUACGAGGAGGCAGAGGACAAGGAGCAGUUCAAGAUGAAUUGGGCGAGGGAGAAGUACAAGGGGGUUCAUGCAUUGCGCGCCUUCGAGGUGGAUCCGAUGCACGGUGGCAUCAAAGUGAUGCACUUCCAGGUGACACGGGCGGAUCGCUUCACGAAGGCGUGGACGGACUACACCGAGCAGAACAAGUUGGCCGACGCCCCAGCGCCGAAGAAGGAGCAGACACAGGCGGCGAAAGACCUGGCCGCGGCUCGGAAGAUCUGCAAGUCGGCGAAAGACGCCGUGUCGGACACCGAUCAUCUCAUGAGGACGAUGGACGAGGAUGAUGAGUGGGACUGGGCAGAAAAGCCGCGCAAAGACCUGGAGGCGCUGAAAGACCGCCUGGGCGAGGAAAACCGAAAGACCAAGCUGUCGAUCAUGAUAUUGAGCGGCUUGAAGAACGCGAAGGCGGCGGCGGAGGCCCUGGUGGACAAGCGGAGCAGGGCGCUGGCCAGCCACGGGGCCGCCGAGGGCGGCUUCGUGCUUCCCGUUGCGCUCUUUAUCGACGCUGCGAAGUUCGGAGGGCAGGUGGCAACCGAGGGCGCGGGGGCCGCCCGCGUCAAGGACGGCGCUCAAGGUCAAAGCUCGAGCUUCGUCGCGUCGGCCAGGAGGGGGCUCGUGGUGGCGCAGCAGCUCGCUGACGCCGUGGAGGAGCUCCACUUCGCCAGACCUUCGAUGGCGGAUGACGACGACGAAGCAAUUCUAGCAGCCCGCGAUGAGACCAGGCGGGCAGCGUCAAGACGCCGAACCAAGCACUCGGCGGCGGAGAAGCUGACGGCCGAGACGGGCGCCGACGCUGGUGGCCCUGGAGCUGGCGGCGCUAAAGAUGGCGGUGCCACAGCGCGCAGGAAGCCGACUACACCACCGCGCAAAGACAGCCGCCACAGCCGCGCGCCACGCAGCCUCGCGCCGAGGGCGCAGUCGCAGGAAGAUAUGCAGCACGCCAAGUACGCGUGCCUGCACAUGAAGGACAACUGGGACUGCGGUCAGCCGACGAACUUUGUGUUGCGCUGGAGCCCGACGCUGCUCAGGGCGGUCGACUGGAUCCGAGCGCGGUUCCAUACCGAGACGCUGGCAAAUCCCAGUGUCCAGUCGAGCGGAGUGUGUUCAGGCAUGAUGGUGUUCCGCCCGUCCGAGUUCAUCUACCAGGGGAUGGUGCGCUACCUGGGCAAUAAGAGCAGCAUGCCGCUCGGCGACCAGCAGGUGAUCGCCGAGUACUUCGACAGGGUGCGCCAGCAGCCCAUCCAACUCUUAGGCACCGAGGACUUGGACGCGUCCUUCGGCCAGUGCAUCGGGAAGGUGCCCGGACCUGGUGGCAUGCCCGCCUUCGUGCACAAGUCCGACUGGAGCAACAGUUGCUUCAGAAAGGAUUGGAGACCAGACGCCGACCCGAUCGGCUGCAGGGGCCACCCGCUCGGGCCUUACUGGCGCGACCACUUCUGCCGUGCGGCGAAGGCGGCGGGCCUCUCCGGGAGGGAUGUCGCCAAGGCCUGCCCCCACGAGGAGCAGGCCGCCGUGGCCGCAGCGUAGGCGGCGAACGCCUCUGGCGGCCGGCUGCUGCCGUCGCCCGCUUGAGCCGGCCGGCUGGGCGGUCGCCGUCGCGGCCCAGUGGCUCGGCGACGCGACGGGGGCUGCUGGCAGGGUCGUGUCGUUAAACGCCUUACGGUGUUAGAGGGGCGGGGGGCUGCACCCGAUUAAGUAUGCGCACGCGUUUGGGUUACGAGCUAUGCGGUCGCCGCCAUGCUCCUCCAUGCCUCCCGGACGGCCAGCUGAACGAAGCAAAAGAACCACAUUUUGUUGCCAACAUUUUUGUGGCCCUCAUGCCACGCUGCCUGAGGGGGGCGUGCUGGGGGGACAAGUCGCGCCCCCCGUUCGCAUGAUGGAUUGCGCUGGCGUCCAGACCGUUACCAUUGUGCUGCACACCGCAUGCGUUGCAUGGUGCACUUGGGGUCGUGUGGAGUUGGGUGAAAGCUAGCUUCAGGCUUGAAACGCCUGUGUCGGGAAAUGCUUGCGAUGUUUGUGUGCGGGUUGUCUUUGUGCGUUGCCAGAUUCGGGAUCGGCAUGGCGUCAUUGCGUCCAACGCCAGCCGAUGCGCAGAGUUUGCAAUUGCCCGAUGCGGUCUCGGACAUCCAGGUGUGCACAGUGUCGGCACCAAUGCCCAUGACGAUUGGCUCUGUGGUGCGUCUUAUUUUCUCCUGUUGGGGAGGUUGGGGAGGGGGCGCAUUCAGGAUACCAAAUAGACUUGGUCGUGUCUUCGUCGCGGGCUCAAUGAUCGGAGAGGGCGUUUGGGGCUGGGUUUCCGAAUUGUUUGAGAUUGGAGCCGCCCUGGUCAGAAAGCCUACAUCCUGGAGACACCAACGCCCCAGUGGGCAUUCCUGUAGUGCGGCAAAUCCUCACCGUGCGCAGGUUGCGUCUUCAAGCACGCGCACAGACUGUAGAAAAUUGUGAUGUUGUUUUCCUCCUGGGGCCUGUUUUGCAUUAGGUUUCAGCCUGAGCAUCGCCAGUCCACCGCCCAGGACGAAUUCCAGCAUCGAAUAUGCUAUUGGGGACGCGAUGGCCCGCAAUGACUCCGAUCUGUCGGGAUUAUACAUCAACCCUGGUUAUGAAGGGUUGACCCGGUAAGUGCAUUCGAGCCGGUUCAGUCGUCCACGGGGGGAUGGUGUUAGUGGUGGAGCGUUUCCGCCGUUAUUCAUCGUUCCAGGGGGGUCAAUUUCGAUCGGACCCCCCGUCAUUUCUCCCAAGUGGGGGGUCUGCUUUUUUAUUAUUCAAGCUUGCUGCGAACAGGGUCCAGCCUUGUAUUGCCGGGGACAAUGAUUGUAUCGCUCUGCGCGCAUGCACGCAAGCCCACCCAGAAAACGAUGUCCACACGAUCUGGUUGGGACGCAGACGCGUCGCAGCGCGUCUUGGCAAAAUUGAAGUGCCACUGCGCGCAGCCCGCCGCGUCCCAGUUCUCCAUGUCCUCCUCCUUCUCCUCCUCGCCCACUUCCCCGCUCCGGCCUUUUGGAGACAUCCUCGCGAGUCUCCGUGGAUUAUCGGAGCCGUUUCGGGCCCGCGCAGAGGGGCGCGAGGCACGCGAGGGGGGGUAAUUAGUAUCUCGACACAUGUUGGGCUACAGGUGUAACGUUGGCGACUGCGUCGGGGACUUUGGGGUUUGCCUUUGGCACAAUUCUUCGAAACCUCGGCCCACCCCCAGCCCGCGGCUGUCCUGAACGUAGGGGCAGGCCGUGCCCCGAUGGCCGAACGGGGGUUGUGAAUGCAAGCGGUCAGCAAUCGCACGUGCUGAAACACCUUAGGUGACUUCCUCGCAGGAGUGAAGAGUUCGCGCUUCGCGUCUGCUUACCAGGCCGCCCAGCAACGAUGCUCAGACGAGUUGCUCCGAUCACUGGCGCAGGGCAUAGCAAAGGCAGUGGGUUGAGGAAAGGAUUGCACCCGAAAAUUCGUCGG